AUGUCAGUCUUCACGUUUGACCCGGACCCGCCGAGGGUUGCUUCUCCUUGGCUCCGGCCGGGGGGUGCCGAGAAGUCUGCAACACCAGGCCGGUUAGCGAGGCGGAAGGGACCGGUUGGCGUCGGGCUGCUCUCCGACUACGGCGUCACCAAACUAGAGCCGGAGCCGCAGAAUGGGCCGACCGAAUACAAGCUCCAUUUGCUCCUAAGACCACGGAGGAAGUACGAGCGAAUCAGCACGGCGACUCGGCUCUGCGGGUCGACCCAGUCUCGGCAGCCUUUCGACCCGAGGAUGUUGAAGUCAGCCCCGGUCAGCCCUGGACCCUCUAUUACUUCGACGCAGACUCGCCAGGAUCGUCUCGAGCAUCUCACCACUCAGCUUCUGUGGAGGCUGCAGCAAUCAUGCCCCUACCAUGCCAGUACUGCCACUCCUGCGCUGGUCAUCCCGCAACUACCCGAGGAGAGCGAGGCGCUCAAUGCCCCCGUCAAGCUGGGCAAGCUGCUGCCCGGGCUGGAGGCAUCGAGGGGAGCGCUGUAUGAGAUAGGUGUGGCGGACGAUGGCACGCUCGCGGGCUUGACCGAGGACGAGAUGGACGAGAGUCUUACCACCCUCCGCAUUAUGGCUGCCAGCCUCGGCUGCAACGUGGAAGUGCUCCGUAGGUUGGCUGUUGGAGAGUGCGAAUGGGUCGAGUCGAACGGUGCCGAAGACUCUGCCGGGCCAGAUUUCGAGGGAGUGUCUCACCAGGCGAAGCUCUGGGUUGCUGAGGCCUUGGUCACGCCCGAUCUGCGUCCCAAAGAUGACGCCCAAUCACCGGCAAAGACAUCGGCCGGAGCGGCGCGGUCGGCUGAGACCCUUCCAGACGCAAAACAAGGGCCUCUCACCACGGAUCAAUUGCGUGUUACACUCACAGGCCCGACAACGUCAGGGAAAUCCACUCUCCUAGGCACUCUCUCGACCGGGAACCUGGACAAUGGCCGUGGAAAAGGCCGCCUUGGCUUACUGAAGCACCUCCACGAGGUCGCGUCUGGCAUCACGUCGUCUGUCACGCAGGAACUUGUUGGCUACAAUGGCGGCGAUAUCAUCAACUACGCUCACAGUGGGGUUGAGUCCUGGAUUGAUAUUCAUGACUUCGCGAAAGAUGGCCGGUUAGUUUACAUGGUGGAUUCUGCUGGCCACCCACGCUACCGGCGGACGAUCCUCCGUGGCAUCAUCGGUUGGGCGCCCCACUGGACUCUGCUCUGCAUCGCUGCCGACAGCGCUGAGUUCACUUCGACCACGGGAGCCACGUCCGCCGCUCUGGACGUGCUGGGCCGUAAUGGCGUUGGUGUUGACCUGGCAUCGGCUCACCUCGAUCUUUGUCUCCGGCUCGGUCUUCCUCUGGUCGUCGUCAUCACCAAACUGGAUCUCGCCAAUAAGUCGAGCCUAUCCACCACACUCAGCAAGAUCCUCUCUAGCGUGAAGCGGGCUGGUCGUGUGCCCAAAAUGGUGAAAGGUGGGUCGGUCCAGUCCGACUCCGAUCGCGUAUCCGAGUUCGACAAAGAAGCAGUAAGAGAAGCUCUGGACAGCAUGAUGAUGAAAGACGACCCGGCCUCUGUCGUUCCUAUCUUGUUGACCAGUGCAGUCGAUGGGCGAGGGAUUGGCGCACUGCAUGCCCUGCUUCAAGGCCUCCCGUUGCCUCCAACACCGACAUCUCACGACUACAUCGGUGCGGCUUUAAACCCGGAGCAGCCGGCAUGUCUAUUCCACAUCGAAGAUAAAUUCAGCCUCCCCGCGUCCUACUCCCUAGCCAUAAGCGACGCAGACCAGCAGACCGACCUCGGCACCGUCGUCGCCGGGUAUCUCCGUUUUGGCAGCCUCUCGAUUGGGGACAAGGUCGUCGUCGGUCCCUUCCCCUCGGAUGAAGAUGACUUUCACGGUACCCCUCCAGACGAGCGCGGGGGGGUUGCCAACAGCUACGGCCUCUCGGUUUCGCACCCCUCCUCGGGCGAACUCAGCCGCAUCGCGUCGAAAAACGCAGUGACGGCCUCUGCCACUAGCGGAGAGUGGCACAUUGCCUCCAUCGUCAGCAUCCGCAACCUGCGUCUGCCCGUGCAGACCCUCACGGCAGGCCAGGUAGGGUCCAUUGGGAUGGUCUUCGACCCGCCGCCGACGCCAAAGCACAACGAGAACGCGAACAGCAGCGCGGUGGGCCAAGCCUCGACCGUCACCAAGACUCCGCGACUGCGCAAAGGCAUGGUCCUGGCCGUGCCGAGCCAGCACAUGGUCUCGUCUGGCCUGUCUCUGCAGGCAGUCAGCGGGCUGACGGCCGUGUUUGACAAGGACAACCAGGGAGUUGGCUCGUUAACGGUGGGCAGCUUGGUCAAUGUCUAUGUUGCGAGUGUCCGGUCUGCUGCGCGGGUGUUGCGCGUGUCGAGGAUGAGGGAGGCUGAGGAUGGCGGAGGUGGCAAGGUGGCGGCCGACCUGAUGGAUGACCUGUUCGGCCUUGCCGGGGACAUGGACGUGGAGAGUACGCAGGUGCCGGAUCUCGCGGUGGACGGUAGCGUCGAGGUGCAGUUGGAGCUGCUGUCGACGAGGGAGUGGAUCGAGCUGGGGUCGCGGAUAUUGGUGCUCGAGGGAGGGAGCAAAGACAGAUCUGGACUGGAGGGGUUCGUGGGGAAGAUUGUUGAGAUCGUGGAAUGA